UUGUGUAUCCAUUUUACUGUAAAAUCUAAGAUAUGGGUUUGACUUCAUAUUUUCAUUUCUUCCAAACACUACCUUCGCAAAGGAGAGUGAAUCAAAAGAACGGAGAACAGCAAAGCUGCGCCGCACUGUCUGCAAAUCAGGUUAUUCGAUUGCUCUGGUUAUAGAAGUAAGUAAUCAGCGUUGGUUGGUAAAAACAUGGAAGCAAAGGAUGGAAUGUUAGAGAAGUAUGCGGCUGAUAUCUCCUCGAUAAGGGAAGCCCACAUGCGCAUCAAAUCGUUUAUACACAGAACCCCAAUUCUGUCCUCAGAGUCUUUAGAUGCUAUUUGUGGAAGGCGGCUGUACUUCAAAUGUGAAUGUUUCCAAAAGGGGUGGCCUGUAGUACGGGAUUUAGUGGAUGAUGUUAUAACUGUAGAGGAUAACGAGAUAAUAGAAGCCAUGAGGCUCUGCUACGCGAUUCUGAAGGUUGUAGUGGAGCCCAGUGGAGCCAUAGGCCUUGCUGCUGUUUUAUCACAAAGAUUCAAGAACAAUCCUUCUUGGCAGGAUUGCAAGCACAUAGGCAUCGUACUCUCAGGGGGUAAUGUUGAUUUGGGUGUUCUCUGGGAUUCAUUCAGAAAAUAAAGCUAUAUGAAUUCUAAUCAUAAUGUGAACAAUUACUCUUAUGCAAAUGGUUGCUCUGCUGAUAUGGUAAAAUUAACUUGUGGACAAAUUUUAUUUUCAUAUAUACAAGUGGUAAACAUGUAGAAUUUCUACAUGGCCAUGAGAUAGUAAA